GCGUCCCGUACCCUUCCAUGUUCUCAUCCCUCAACUAUAGAUAGCUUACAAUUCUAAACCUCAAAAAAUACAAAUCCUAGCGCCAACAAUUUUCCUAAAGAUUCAGUUUUCUAUGCAACGGAUUGUCAAUUGAUCUCCGAGGAUUUGGAUAUGAGCCGUAGCUGGGGAAAGCUUCCUCGUUGCACUAUAGGCAGCAUAUCGCGCCAGCAAUCUUUCAUCACUCCUGCGUUCUCAACUUCAUCCGGCGACGGCGGCGGAUGGGGCCGGGGAGGCGGUGGGUUUGGCCCCGGCAGCUCUUCCGUUUUUGGAUUUACGCCAAACCAAAAUGAGUCCGGUGAUGCGAAGGACGACGAGUCAGCCUCCGCAGGGAAGCAUUGUGGAAUUGGGCACGGCCGUGGAAGCAGUAAGCCCUUAUUUUCAUUUGUGCAUGAUAGCAGUGGCCCUGCUGGACGCGGCCGAGGCAUCCCAGGCCCCACUUCUGCUCCACAACCACAAUCUCAGCAGCAGAUGCCGACUCAACUGCCACAUUCCAACAGGCCUUUGUUCUUUGUAAAAGAAGAAGACUGUCCCGAUUUCCGAGCCAGAACGUCUGUUGAGUCCAGUGAUGUAGCCAGUCUCCUUCCUUCAAAUAUCAUCUCUGUUUUAUCUGGUGCGGGCCGUGGAAAGACCACUCAAACUUCUCGUGUUCCUGAAAAACCCAAGGAAGAAAACAGGCAUCUAAGGGAGAGGCAAAAUCCUCAAACUGGUUGGCAGAGACCAGCUUCCAGUGGCCCUCAAAACAGCAGACCUCCUGGCCAAAGAUUCAACAGGGAUGACACGAGUAAUGGGACUGAUCAUGGUGGACAAGCAAGAAGUGGCAAUGGUGAAUGGAGGGGAAGAGGAGGAACCCUUCAAUGGAAGGGACGUAGCGGGUUUAGUGAACGGGGGAGAGGGGGAAGAGGAGGGAGAGGAGGAAGAGGAAGAGGAGGGAGAGGAAGGGGAGAUGGUAAAGUACAAGAAGAUGUUGGUGAGAAAUAUGGUGAUAUAUUCAACAUUGGUGAUGCUGCUGCUGCUGAAAAGCUGGCUCAAGAGGUUGGUCCUGAUAUUAUGAGUCAAUUAGCUGAAGGUAUUGAAGAAAUUGCUCCCAGAAUUUUUCCAUCUCGUAUCGAGGAUGCUUAUCUGGAUGCUCUUGAUACCAAUCUAAAGAUUGAAUGUGAAGAAGAGUACAUGAUGGGAAAUUUUGAAAGGAAUCCCGAUAUUGACGAGAAACCUCCUAUUCCAUUGCGAGAUGCCCUUGAGAAGAUAAAGCCAUUCCUUAUGGUGUACGAAGGAAUUGAAAGCCAAGAAAAGUGGGAGGAAGCCAUGAAAGAAACGAUGGAGGUUAGGCUCCCACUUAUAAAAGAGAUAGUUGACCACUACAGUGGCCCUGACAGAGUAACAGCAAAGCAGCAGCACGAGGAACUGAAAAGAGUUGCAUCUACUCUUCCACAAUGCGCACCCAAUUCAGUGAAGAUGUUCACAGACCGUGCUGUUCAGUCACUUCAGAGCAAUCCGGGUUGGGGAUUCCACAAAAAAUGCCAGCUCAUGGAUAAGCUGGUGUACCGGGUCUCUCAGCAAUAUAAGUGAGAACCAUACUGCAUGUUCACUCAGCAAUAAUAUUUCGCUUUUAAAAAGAUGAGAAGGCGAACAUCUGUUUGGUCGAAAUCCAAAAUGUUUGAUAACAAGCCACCGCUGCUUUCUUGUUUGGUAUUUUUUUCUAUCCGUUGUACACAGAUGGAUGAUGAUGCCAUUGAUGUGGCAUACACAGAUGGAAGGGAUAACAUUAAACGAUGCUCACAGAAUUUAAACAUGUUUUGCUCAUUUGUGCUCCCACAUUUUAGCAAGUUUAUAAGCAGACGCUUUUUUAUUAAUAUCAAAUGAUUGUAUAUAGAAAUAAGUACAUAUUUACUAAAGUAAUUCUUGCUUUAAAAAAUGUAAUCUCUUAAGUGGAGUGAUUAUUGGAAUAACUUUAGUCAUAGUACUUGUAUCGAAUUUUUAUACUUAAAAAUGA